GCCGGGAGGCGGGGAGGGCGGACGGCGAUGGCGGCCGCGGCGGCGCGAGCGGCGGAGGCCGAGGCGCUGUUCGAGGCCCACACGGCGGCGGAGCUGCGGGCGGCGGAGCGGCGGCUGCGGGCCGGCAUCGAGCAGAAGCGGGAGGAGCUGCGGCAGAUGGUGGGCGAGCGCUACCGCGACCUGAUCGAGGCGGCCGACACCAUCGCCGAGAUGCGGCUGAGCGCCGAGCGCCUGCUGGGAGCCGUCAGGGGGCUGCAGCGGGGCGGCGCGGCACGGCCCGGCCCUGCUCCGCCGGCUCCGCCGCGGGCUCCAGAGAAGCUGUACCGAGCUGCGGCGCAGCUGAAGCUGCUGCUGGACAUCCCCGAGCGGGCGUGGGGCGCCAUGGAGGCCGGCCGCUACCUGCCCGCCGCCCGCCUCUACCUGCUGUGCCGCCACCUCCACGGCCUGCUGCAGCUCGACGCCCCCCGCGCCCGCUACAGCCCCGUCCUCGCCCGCUUCCCCAUCCUGCUGCGGCAGGUGGCCGCCGCCAGCCACUUCAGAUCCACCAUCCUGCAGGAGAGCAAGUCCCUGCUCAAGUGUCAGACCGUGUCGGACCAGGCGGUGGCAGAAGCCUUGUGUGCCAUCAUGCUCCUGGAGGACAGCUCUCCGCGCCAGGCCCUCGCAGACUUCCUCCUGGCCAGGAAGCUGGCGAUCCAGCAGCUCCUCAACCAGCCGCACCACGGUGCAGGAAUAAAAGCUCAGGUGUGUUCACUGAUGGAGCUGCUAACCACCACUCUGUACCAGGCUUAUGCACUCUUCUACAUGAUGCCAGAAGGGAUGCCACCAGAUCCAGCCCUGCCCUGCGGCUUGCUCUUCUCCACCCUGGAGAGCACCACGGGCCAGCACCCAGCAGGGAAAGGCGGGGUCCUAGAGGACGAGGUGAAGCUGAGCAGCUGGUUCAGGUACCUCCCAGAGUCUGUGGUGGAGUUCCAGCCAACCCUGCGGACCCUGGCCCACCCUAUCAGCCAGGACUACCUCAGAGACACACUGCAGAAGUGGAUUGCCAUGUGCAGUGAUGAUAUCAGGGCUGGGGUCAGCAACCUGCUGGUCUACGUGAAGAGCUUGAAAGGCCUCGCGGGGAUCCGCGAUGCGGUCUGGGAGCUGCUCACGAGCGAGUCUGUAAGCCAGAACUGGGACGUGGUGUGCCGUCGCCUUUUGGACAAGCCUGCGUCCUUUUGGGAGGACCUGCUGCGGCAGCUCUUCCUGGACAGGCUGGAGACGCUGACCAAAGAGGGCUUUGAAUCCAUCUCAAGCAGCUCCAAACAGCUUCUCGUCUUAGCCCUGCAGGAACUCGAAGUCAAAUCCACCGCCUCUGCCCUGAGCAAGCACGUCCAGUUUGAGCACAACGUGGCCUUGUUCCUGUGGUCGGAGAGCUCCAGCGAUCUGCCUGCGGACGCCGCCUGGGUCAACGUGGCAAACCGCAGCCAGUUUGCCAAGAGCGGGCUGUCCAUGAAGGCCCAGGCGCUCACCCCGUGCGUGCAGAGCUUCUGCUCGGCUCUGGACUUGAAGCUGAAAGCCAGGUUGGACGACCUCCUCUCUUACCUACCCGCGGAGCCCUCGGCCACCAAGGAGGCUGCUCCCGCCUCGCAGCCUCGCUCAGCCUUUGACCGCUACGCUGACACCGGCCUGGUGGAGGGCUUGCUGCGCGACCGCUGCGUCGCCUGCAUCCACCACGUACUGGGCUGCGUGCGAGAAGAGCUCCAGAGCGCCCAGAGCCUGCUGGAGGGACAGGCAGGUGCCCCCAGCGAUAGCAAGCUCAACACUGUCCUCUUCAUGGCCAGGCUCUGCCAGUCCCUGAGCGAGCUUUGCCCUCACCUCAAGCAAUGUAUCCUGGGCCAGUCGGGCGGCGCAGAGACGGCGCUGAAGGAAACCCGCUCCGCCAAGAAGCUGGGGAAGGGGAAAGCCCAAGAAGUGAAUCCAGUGCAGGCCAAGUGGCAGGAGGUGAAGGCAGAACUCCUGCAGCAGAGCCUGGUUGCUUACCAGAUCUGGAGCUCCGCUGUCACCAAAGCCCUGGUUCAGUGCUUUACCCACACGUUGCUGCUAGAUACAGCUGGCUCUGUCUUGGCUACAGCCACCAACUGGGAUGAGAUUGAAAUUCAGGAGGAGACUGAGUCUGGAAACAGUGUAACGUCAAAGAUCCGGCUGCCUAUGCAGCCGUCCUGGUACGUCCAGGGCCUCCUCUUCAGCCUGUGCCAAGAGGUGAACCGGGUCGGGGGCCACACUCUGCCGAAAGUCACCUUGCAGGAGCUGCUGAAGACCUGCAUGGCAGAAGUGCUUGCUGCUUAUGAAAAGCUCGUGGAGGAGAAGCAGGAAAAGAAAGCAGGCUCCUUCCCCAUGACCCAGAACAGAGCUCUGCAGUUGCUCUACGAUCUGCGGUACCUGAAUAUCAUCUUGACAGCGAAGAGUGAGGAAGCAAAGACCAGCAGGGUCAAGCAUGACUCCAGGAUUGAGAAGGUGACCGACUUCCUGGAGGGGCACAUCGACCCGUUUGACUUGGACGUUUUCACUCCGCACUUAAACGGCAACCUUAAUCGCCUGGUCCAGCGAACGUCUGUUCUCUUCGGCUUGCUGACCGGGACAGAGAACCAGUACACGAGCAGAAGCAGCGCUCUCAGCUCCCAGGAGCUCCACAAUAUCUUGCCCUUAGCAUCCAGCCAGAUCAGAUUUGGACUUCUGCCGCUGAGUAUGUCAAGCUCACGAAAGGCCAAGUCUGGUACCAGGAACACAGAAAGAGUUCAGUGCGAUGCUGACCUUUAAUUCCUGACGAAGCCUGGCUUGGGUAUUUAAGCCUGUGUGAACGGAGUGGCUUGCUUCUCUUGCAAAGGCCCUGCAUUGUUUUGCUUCUGAGUUUUAUUAGUAGACAACCACGAUGUUGCUACGUUUCCUCCAGUUUAAAGCAUUUGCUUAGCUGGACCUCCCUGUGCUGAGGAUUGAGAGCCAAGGAAUACCUCACUGCUACAGGAAGCAGGAAUUGGUGACUUUUCCUUUAGCCACAAACAAUCCAAUAAUCCAUCAACGAUAACGUGCCUUCAACUGGGAUAGACGAGUAAAGACGUUUUUAUCAGAGCAGAGUGUUACUUGAAAUGCUAGCCUUUACUCUGCAACACUCAUUCUCCAUUAUUCAGAAGAAUUAAGAACCAGACAUAGUAGCAGAGUUGUUUAAAAGCCCAAAGCUUCACAGUAAGGGUAUUCUUUACCUCUUACACCUCAGCUGUAGUAGCGUGCAGAGUGCGCAGUGAUGUUUGUCUCGCUUCUACCACUCCCCUGCUGUGGCAGCAGCAUUGGCUGUGGUGGCACAUGUAUAUUUGCAUUAGCCCCACUUCACAGAAUUGCUUGUUCCUUUUAUGAUAAAGCAGAGGUUGAAGUCCAGUUACUCAAGAACAACUCCGCACAGGCAACAGCUGUACUUUUAUCAUUAUUACCCCCUUGCUCUAAGAGCAGCAGCCCUCUCUUUGCUGCACAGAAUGACUAUUUUGGAGCACUGGAUGACACCUGAAAAGUUAACUUGCUAACAGCAGCAAAAAGCUGUGCAUCUGCCACUCAGACCUGCCUCUGCUUGUCACUAACCACCAGGAGUGGAAACAGUUACGUUGUGGUUCAGGCUCAAGUUGUCUGGGAACAGUUGUUCUGCUGUAGUCUGCGCCUCCUUGCAGCUACGGUAGAUGAGGGUAGGGAACAAGUCGAAGGUGUGCUGUAAUAGUUUCUGACUCUUGUUUUUAAAACAAACAGGUUCCGCCUCCUGCACUCACAAGAGCAGAAGACGAGGCAUCGCGCCCUGGCUCUUUGUUCAGGCAGCUUGUAACCGAGGAGGAAGACACGGCUGCGCCUUCUCUCUUCAAGCUGGGAUGGCUUUCUGGCAUGACCAAGUGAUUCAAUAAAGAAAUCAGAAGUUUGUC